CUCAGCAGUCACGUGAAAAAUCCAGCAGAAACAGGAAAUGGUGCAGAGCUGCAGUUUGUAGGAACAGAAGAGGAAGAAAGAUGACCACCGCUGCGCUCACUGCGGGUCUGGAGCGGAUCCCGGAUCAGCUCGGCUACCUGGUUAUCAGUGAGGACGGAGUUCUGGCCUCUGCAGGUGAGCUGGAGAACGACGAGCACACAGCAGGUGUGAUGAUGCAGAUGGUCCGGACGGCGAGUCGCUUCAGGUUACCGGGGUCAGCUGAUCCGCCCUUCAAACGGAUGUCAGUGAUUCUGGAGGACUUCGUCUACACGGUGACAGUUUCUGGUCAGAAGGUGUUUGUGGUGAAACGUCACAACAACCAGCACGAACCAAUCAGUGUGUGAGGACGGACAGGUGGAGGUCAGGUGGUGAUGAAGAUGAAGGUGUGACUGCAGUUUGUUUGACACUAGGAUGUUUGCGUUUGCUUUUUCUGUAAAAUAAAAUUAUUUGAAUCUUU